AUGGACCCGUAUAGCCGCCGCAGUGUGUGGGAUAUCUUACAGAACAACCGUAAUGGCCGAGUGAUGGUAUUGACGACGCACUUCAUGGACGAAGCUGACAUUCUUGGAGAUCGCAUUGCUAUCAUGGCGGAGUGUGAACUACGCUGCAGCGGCUCAUCCCUCUUUUUGAAAAACCGCUUUGGAGCUGGAUACAAUUUGACUGUGGUUAAGGAUGAUGAACGGUGUGAUGACAAGGAGCUGGUGGCUUUCAUUAGCUCCUACGUGCCUUCUUCUCAGGUGCUGAGCAAUGUCGGAAGCGAAAUUGCGUUCCAACUCUCACUGGACAGCUCGCCGUUGUUUGCGGAGAUGUUUGCCGAGCUGGAUCGACAGUCUAAACAACUUG